CCGGACACCAUGGUGGAUUUUACUGCUGAAGAGAAGGCUGCUAUCACAAGGCUGUGGGGCAAGAUGAAUGUGGAAGAGGCUGGAGGCAAGGCCCUGGGCAGGCUCCUGAUUGUCUACCCUUGGACCCAGAGGUUUUUUGACAACUUUGGCAACCUAUCCUCUGCCUCUGCCAUCAUGGGCAACCCCAAGGUCAAGGCCCAUGGCAAGAAGGUGCUGAACUCCUUUGGAGAUGCCGUUAAGAACCCGGACAACCUCAAGGGUACCUUUGCUAAGCUGAGUGAGCUGCACUGUGACAAGCUGCUUGCGGAUUCUGAGAACUUCAGGAUGAGUCUAGGGUAUCUCCUGGGAAACGUGCUAGUGAUUGUCUUGGCAAACCACUUUGGCAAAGAAUUUACCCCCCAGGUGCAGGCUGCCUGGCAGAAGAUGGCGACUGGUGUGGCCAGUGCCGUGGCCCGCAAGUAUCACUGA